AUGGCGGCGGAUCUCAUAAUGAAUUUGGUGAAAACUUCGAGCACAUUGGGGAAGCUGUGGACGAAGGAGCUUUGUGAGGCAGACUCAGACAGCGACGGUCAGACUAUUGGCCAAGAGCUAGGCGACCCAUGCUGCGAGUGGAACGAUGAGACCGUGAGUACUCCGCGUUGCCUGAAGGAGCUCCUCAUCCUGGCUAUGCCAAAAGCAAGUCAAACGAAACAGUGUGGGAAAUGUUGA